UUUUAAGACUGAGUUUCCCUGUACUGAAUUUCCUUGUUCUGCUCAAGAAUUUAAGUCAUGGAUCCAAUCCCAUUCUGGUCAGCUUAGGAGCUUGGAUCUCCUCCAUUUCUGAUCUAGGUCAAUUUGAAUCUUCUUAGACAAUCUUAGACUAUCCUUGACCCUCACUCUCACCCCUUCUCCACUGGAAGUAGGGGUGAGAGUCUCCCCAUGUUAAAUUUGUACUUGAUGUAGAACAAAAUUGCAGCUCAGAACUCCCAUGUUCAGGAGCUUGGCCAGCCUCAUUCUUCCUAGUUACAGGUUACCAGUACACCCAGCUUGACAGGUGUUUCAUUGUCAUUUUCUUUUAUUUGUAGUCAUUUUCAAAUCCUGUGCCAUAAAAUCAUAGGCUGUUAAGAGAUGGAAAAAAGGCAGCCUAGAGAUAAUCUAAUUUAAUUUCAAUAUACAGAUAGCUUGUUUUCCACUCGUACUGUGUCCUUCAGGGUUCAGAUAACUUUUACAAGCUGGUGCCAGUAAUGCCAGAAGCUGUUUCCAGCGUCUUGGGCAAGCCAUAAGCCAGAUGUAUUCUUUUCCUAGGGAAGCUGCAAAAAUAAAGCUUGCCUAAUAAAAACUAAGUAUCUUGAGGGUAGGGCCUUUCGAACUCUCUAUUUCCUGGGGCACUUAAAGUAAUUUUUUGCAUACAGUGUGCAUCUAAUAAAUAUUUGAGAUACUUUUGAAUAUAAUCCUAUUUUUAUCAGUCUUAUAAUCCUGGAAGGGGCAUGAUUUGGGGUAAGAAUAGUUGAGGAAGUACGACUUUCCUCUUCCUCCUCCAAUCUUAAAAACUUCCUUCAAAUAUGUUUCUUUCUAUGGUUAUCUCAGGAGUCCCAGCUUCCUACUUUCUCCUACUGCAUAUCAGAAUUUGUCACCAUUGCCCUGACCCCUAACAAACUAUGCUUGAUGUCAUUUGGCUUUUCCCCAUUCUGAACUUGGGGUUUCUAGGAUUAAGUAAAUUAGGACAAACUCCAAUGACUGGAGGUCCAUUGAGAAUUGGUCCACAUUUUCCAUUUAAAAUGGUGUGUGAACUUUUUAAAACAAUUGGCCUUUGAUCCCUUGAAUUGUGUAAAAGGGGUCCAUUAGAAAGGGCUGGAUUUCUAUAUUUGGAAAGAUUGGAAUGGCAGUAGGUUCUAAGAGCAUCCAGCCUGUCACAGCCUGGACUCCUAAGUCUGGGUUCUGACCAGGUGUAGGAAAUUCAAUUCUUUAUCUAGGCUGCUUUGAAGUCCUUAUGUUCAUUGAGCUACUAGAUCUACUGGAUCUUCCAGACUCUAAAUCAGAGGGAGGGAAAUCAUCGCUGAGCCAGCUCCAAGGAGUGGCUGGACUCAGGGAUGUCCAGGAUCUCCAGGUUCCUAGACCAAAGGUUCCUCCCUCCUCUUUCACCCUCUCCCCCCCUCCUCCCCUCCGUCCCCCCUUCGCCAUAGAUUUCCAUCUCUGAAGGAGAGCAAAGAAUUUCUCACAGCUUCUGUUGACAACUCCGCAAAGUGGAGGUGGUGCUUCAGAGCGGGCUCCGCCCCCGCAGGUUCCCCCCUCCUUACUUUGCUACGCUAGCCUUCCGUCUUUUUCGUGUUUGGGGUGCUGCACCAGGAGGGAGGGCGCUGAGCCCCCCAGGCUCGCCUCCACCUCCGUUUUUCGCGCAAUAUGCCCUUCCCCGCUGCCAAUAUAAGGAGCAGUCGGGCUCCUUCGAGGCUCAGAGCUCCUGGCUGUCAGAGCGGGUACUACCGCUUGUUCGUCUUUAGUGUGUCUCAUCUGCGCUCCCCAAUGCCUGCCUCCGGGAAGCUGGUGGCGGCCAUCCUGGCGCUCGGCCUCCUGCUUGUGCCCCCCGGUCACGCCUGGUACAAGCAAUCCGCCGGACCCAGCUACUACUCCGUGGGCCGGGCGUCGGGGCUGCUGUCGGGCAUCCGCCGCUCCCCUUAUGCCCGGCGCUCUGACCCGGUGCAGGACAGUGGAGACAUGGGGAACGGCGCCUUUCCCGAGUCUCGAACCAGCCUUCGGAGCCUCGCGGUGUGCGUGAAGGACAUCGCUCCGAAUCUGCAGAGCUGCGAGCUGCUCCCUGACGGGCUCGGGACUUUUCAGUGCAAGGCGGAUGUUUUCCUGUCUCUGGACUCGGCUGACUGUCUCAGUACCUGAUCUCUCCCGUCCCCAGCCAUCCCUGGGAUGGAAAUUGUAGAGUUGAAGCCUCGACUCUCACCCCACUCAUUCCUUCUUACUCCAAAAUGAAUAAAGUGAAAAAAAUGAAACAA